GCGUGCCUUACAAAGCGUCACGAGUUACAGGAAUGAUCAUGGGGUGCUGGGAGAGAAUGACAGUUGUUAGCAAGAAACAACUGCCAUUCAUGAAAUAAUUUAGGAGAAAGUAAGAGUGGGUAGCAACCGGAGGCCGCCAUGGCAAACAUCACGAAGAAAGUGUCAUGGUCCAGCCGAACCGACGAGUCCGGCACACCCGGCGAGGGGACACCGCUGCUCAACGGCUCCGAGCGGGCCAGCCACUCCAGACAGCUGUCUGAAGAAGACAGUUUAUUUCAGAUAGGCAGACUCAGCACAGUGGAUUUGGAGGAGGAGAUAACGUCAGAUGAGGACUCUCAAAGAGGGCGGCUCAAAGAGAUCCCUCACAAUGAGAAGCUGCUGUCACUUAAAUAUGAGAGUUUGGACUAUGAUAACAUUGAAAACCAGCUUUUUCUGGAGGAGGAGAGGAGGAUGAGUUAUAUGGGUUUCCGGUGUCUGGAGAUCAGUCGCUGGGUGGUCUGCGGCCUGAUCGGCUUUCUGACGGGCCUCAUCGCCUGUUUCAUAGACAUCGCGGUGGAGGAGCUGGCUGGGAUCAAGUACCAAGUAGUCAAAGAGAACAUAGAGAAGUUUACAGAGGUAGGUGGCCUGUCUAUCUCCCUCCUCCUCUGGGCUGUCCUCAACUCUGCCAUUGUCAUGAUGGGAGCCAUCAUAGUUGCGUUUUUUGAGCCCAUAGCUGCAGGAAGUGGUAUUCCUCAGAUAAAAUGUUACUUGAAUGGCAUCAAGAUUCCCAGGGUGGUACGACUCAAGACACUGGUGGUGAAAGUGUGCGGCGUCAUUUGUUCGGUGGUUGGCGGUCUUGCUGUCGGAAAGGAAGGGCCCAUGAUUCACUCUGGUGCUGUUGUAGCUGCAGGCGUCUCCCAGGGCAGGAGCACCUCUUUAAAGAGAGACUUCAAGAUCUUUGAAUAUUUCCGGAGAGACACGGAAAAAAGGGACUUUGUUUCUGCUGGAGCGGCUGCCGGAGUUUCAGCUGCUUUUGGAGCACCAGUCGGUGGCGUUCUGUUCUCUCUAGAGGAGGGAGCUUCUUUCUGGAACCAGAUGCUGACCUGGAGGAUAUUCUUUGCCUCCAUGAUCUCCACCUUCACCCUGAACUUCUUCCUCAGCGUCUAUCACAAAAAUCCCGGGGACCUGUCCAACCCAGGUCUCAUCAACUUUGGUCGCUUUCAGAGCGAUAGUGUGGCCUAUAACCUCUAUGAGAUUCCGUUGUUCAUUGCUAUGGGAGCUAUAGGUGGAUUGCUCGGAGCUCUGUUCAACAUUCUCAACUACUGGCUGACCAUCUUCAGGAUCAGGUACGUCCAUCGCCCUUGUUUGCAAGUGAUGGAAGCCAUGUUGGUGGCUGCAGUGACUGCGACAGUGUCAUUCACCAUGAUCUACUUCUCCAAUGACUGUCAGCCCCUUGGGCCAGAGCACAGUGAGGAGUACCCACUGCAGUUGUUCUGUGCAGAUGGAGAGUAUAACUCCAUGGCAACAGCCUUCUUCAACACUCCCGAGAGAAGUGUCCGCAGUCUCUUCCAUAACCAGCCAGGAAGCUACAAUCCUUUGACUCUGGGCUUGUUCACUCUGACCUAUUUCUUCUUGGCGUGUUGGACCUACGGCCUGGCAGUGUCUGCUGGAGUUUUCAUCCCGUCUCUUCUCAUUGGAGCAGCCUGGGGAAGAUUGUGUGGAAUACUGCUGGCCUCUAUUCCCUCCAACGGCUCAAUCUGGGCGGACCCUGGUAAAUAUGCCUUGAUUGGAGCUGCAGCUCAGUUAGGCGGCAUCGUGAGAAUGACUCUCAGUCUGACUGUCAUCAUGGUGGAGGCUACAGGAAAUGUUACGUACGGCCUUCCCAUCAUGCUCGUCCUCAUGACUGCCAAGAUAGUAGGAGACUACUUUGUAGAGGGUCUGUAUGACAUCCACAUUAAGCUGCAGAGUGUCCCCUUCCUACACUGGGAUGCUCCUGCUACGUCCCACUGGCUAACUGCCAGAGAGGUGAUGAGUUCUCAAGUCACCUGUUUGAACAGGAUAGAGAAGGUGGGAACCAUCGUGGACACCCUGAGCAAUACAUCCACCAAUCACAACGGCUUUCCUGUCGUCGUGCAGGUGUCUGGUAGUGAUGAGCCAGCAAAGCUCUGCGGGCUCAUCCUCCGCUCUCAGCUCAUCGUUCUCCUCAAGCACAAGGUGUUUGUGGAGUUGGCCCGGUCACGGCUGACCCAUCGGAAGCUCCAGCUGAAGGACUUCAGGGACGCCUACCCCCGCUUCCCCCCUAUCCAGAGCAUCCACGUCUCCCAGGACGAGAGGGAGUGUAUGAUGGAUCUCACUGAGUUCAUGAACGCGACACCUUACACAGUACCACAGGAAACGUCUCUGCCUCGUGUGUUUAAGCUGUUCAGAGCCCUGGGACUCAGACAUCUGGUGGUGGUGGAUGAUGUAAACAGGGUGGUUGGACUGGUGACCAGGAAAGACUUGGCCCGAUAUCACCUGGGCAAACAUGGACUAGAGGAGCUUCAGCUGGCCCAGACAUAGUACAUACAAACAUUCAUAGUCACAAACUCAUGAACUAUAACCACCUGAUGCCUGAAGCUUUUGACCACCAGCUAUGCAGCCCAAGAGGGGAGCAAAGAGUUCGCUUUUAUUCUUUGAUGCCAAACUGGUCACCAUGACAACACAAGGUGAGUCCCGCUGUUAAAACAGUGAGUGAAAAGGUUUACUGAGAUUAAUUUUGGUUUCAUAUACCUCAUUCAAGACAUUUCAUGAAUGUGGUCAAAUAAAUAAUUAUCAAAAAUACAAUCAAUCACAAUAGUAAAAUAUCAAAAUGAAAAAUUGUGAUAACAAUACAUUUGUGAACAUCCAUCUCAUUUAAUUAGUAAAUGGAAAACCCUUUCCUAUGUCUCUGUGUUCUUACUCCUCAACCUCACAAACAGUUGGUUGUUAGUUCCCUGAAGUAAUAUUGUAAUAAUGCAGAGAUGUAUAAUUAAUCAUAAGUAACAUUGAUUAAUUUUUUUUUUUAUAAUUCAGAUGGAUUCUUUUUGUCUUGCAAUUGAACUAAGUACAACAUUUAAACUGGUUUGAGAACCUGAUUUUGAGAGAGUUUUCAAAUUUAGGACUAGGAAAGCGUUUUCUUUGGCAAUGUUAGCAAAUUAAAUAUUGGCCAUUUGUUGUGUAGUUUUGCACUGAAAUUUUUUUAUUUAUUGUUGAUGUUGAAUAUUUGUUUUAUAUUUAAGUUCGGAAGACAGUUUUGGUUUCACAUCAAAUAAUUCAAGAAAGGAGAGACGACGUAAUUCUCUUACACUUGUCUGAUUUGGCUACAAGAUGCAGUUUGAGGCAGUGUUAGUAGGAGACAGAUCUGUUAUUACAUGUGGAUGUUGAUCCUUCUUCUCUGUCAGAUUUUCUGAGGGCACACACACACACGUUUAAAUGUUUGUAUUAUUGUCAAUAAUAAUAGAUUGGUACGAACAUGAUUUUUUACCCAUUAUCACCAAAUGUUUGCACUUUUACUUACUACUGAAAAAAGUAUAUUGGAAGUCAUUCAUGUCCCUCAUGAAGCUCCACAUGAAUGAAUGUAAACCAUUGCCUACCACACACCUUCUCUUUAAUCAAUUUAUCCUUGCAUUACCUGGUCAGGGUAUGGCACAAAGCACAAAUAUUCUGAUUCAUAAUUAUUUAAUUUUGUCAAUUUGUUAUUCUAACAUCUGUUCAGUUACCAGUGUUGUUUUUUGUGCCCUUCAUUCCUUUUACACAUUUUUUUCUCCAUUUGUGAUCUUUUUGUUGGAACAGUUCUGACUAUGCUCUAAUUUACAACCACUAGUUAAGCAUUGUUUUGAAUGAAUAAAGUCGAAAUUGAUCUAUUGCUA